UCAGCGUGUGGGUGGGGCGCUAAGCGGAAGUUUUGUGAGGCGCGGGUCACCUCCGAGAAGAGCACCUCCUGGCGUGGGGACUGUCUUGCUGAGGACACUUUAAGUGGGGUACUGCUGCAGUGGAACCAGUUGUGGGGUGCCCUCACUCCACAUACUUCCUCCUUUCCCAACAGAUGGCCCAGAGGCUAGCUCUUCAGCGGCUGCUGUCCCUCACCCCCAGGACACUGCACCCCCAGGGCUCCCUGGCACUGCGUGCUUCCCUGGCAACUCAGGGCAGGGCCUUCAGCACCUCAGCAGGCUGCAGGAGCACUUUCAACGUGCAGGACGGCAGUGAUUUCCAGGACCGCGUGGUGAACAACCCCAAACCUGUUGUGGUGGACUUCCAUGCACAGUGGUGUGGCCCCUGCAAGAUCCUGGGCCCCAGGUUAGAGAAGAUGGUGGCCAAGCAGGGGGGGAAAGUGCUGAUGGCCAAAGUGGACAUUGAUGAUCACACAGACCUUGCUAUUGAGUAUGAGGUGUCAGCAGUGCCAACCGUGCUGGCUAUGAAGAACGGAGAUGUUGUGGACAAGUUUGUGGGGAUAAAGGACGAGGAUCAGCUGGAGGCAUUCCUCAAGAAACUCAUUGGAGCCUGAAGUAAAAUAGUGGCUGUACCUCUGCCUCCAGAUACGUCCAUGUUGUGCAUUCCUUGCCUGGGAGAGCUGAGGGGCACAUGAACUGCCUGCCUUGUGCAACCUGGGGGUUUCUUCUGGUCUGAGGUUUUUAGGAGAUGGACAGUCUUGUAACCCUUCCUCCCUCUCCCCCUUCUCUUGAGCAGCAGCAGUUUUAAAGGGCGCCGAGGAGCACGGCUGCUUAUUCUCAGCCUGGGGAAUGCAGCUGGAAUUAGAAGCCUGUGUUUAUCAGCAAAGAGCUGAUGCGUGGAGCUGCUGCUGAGUUAAGAGGAGGAAUGGUUGGUUUUUUCCUUGCCUAGCAUCUGAUAGCCCAGAGCAGAGGGCAGCUGCUCCCUGCAAGAUGUAAGUACAUACCUGCCCUGGGUGGGUUUGUUUAAAGCUGAGAAUGCCUCUUGCCUGAGAAAGCUGUCUCUUUGUCUCUCUGUCCUCAUGUCCCUGGGACAGGUACAACUGCUCCACAAACCCAUGAGCUCCCAGCACAAUUUUCUAAGAGAAUAUAGAAUUAUUUUAUGGAUCUCCUUUUGUAGGACUGCAAUAAAAAGAACUUUAUCAGUCACUGCUGUCUAGCUGGGGAAUAAAACUUGAGUCUCAGAAAUGACAGGGGAGUCCCUUGUCUGUCCAGAGAGGUGAGAGGGAGUACCAGCAGCAGAGUGGCUGGUUUGUAACGAUGGUUUAGGAGAGGCAAUGUGCCAGAAACCCCAUGUGAAUUACUUUCAUGGGGGUUUCAGUACUGCUUCUGUGAUCCCCUUUGGGUGAUUACUGGAUCCAGGCUGCUGAAGGAAGGACUUCCCUCCUGUGUGCAGAGGAACAGCAGCUCACUGCACAUAAGGCACCUGCCUUCUGCUUGCACCCCCUAUGCUUUGUCCCUCCACUCCUGCCUGGGGAGCCUGAGAGCCUCCUUCACCCUCGCAUGAAUGAUUAAACGUGCUCAUGCAGGUGAGCCCUGACAAAAGGCAGUCUUGUCACUUUAACUGCCCUGACCUUUAGACUAAGGGAGGCUGUUGUGUGCUUGCACUGCAGGCAGCCUUCAGCCCUUCCCAUCUCCUCCUCCUCCUCCUCAUAUACACCUGUUAGUCAACCUGGCAUCUAAGUGCUCCCAGCCUACUUCUGUGCUUGUAGGCAGAGUACAGCACCAGCGCUGAUGCCUGCUGUAAUGCUUAAUUCCAGUUUGCUUAUCUAAGCUGCAUGAGAACAUUGUAAAUGCUUAAUUACCAUGUACAAACU